AUCCAAGUAGCAAAAAUUUAUUUUUAAUAUGACAAGUCCAAAAUAACAACUGUUAUUUCCUGCACGUGUUUCAGAUAAGAAAAGAAAAAAAACUUUUGGUAAUAAUUGAUCACCUACAGUUAACACACUAUUUAAGGCUGAGCUCAACACAAACAACCCAGAAAAUUCAUCUUCAUCGACGGACAUUUUGCGAACAAAGAUGGCAAUGUUUUUCCUAUUGUUCCUGCUGAUCUGCUGUGUCUCUUCAACUCCGCUUCAAACAGAAUCUGACAACAACAUUAUUCCACACUUAAGGCAAACUCAGUCCCAAGGACAGGAACCAGCUAACAGCUCUGAAAGACAACAAACCUGUACAAAUGACAUCAACGCUGUGCUGAGAGAGAUGAGCGCCUUGUUGGGAGGACUGAAGGUGGAGGUGACGUACUUACAGACAGAGAACAAAGCUCUAGCAGCUAAAGUGAGAGAACUGGAGCUGCAGACGACUGAGUUGGACGAGCUGAAGGAACAGUACCAAGGACAGGAAGGAGAACUGAUAAACCUUAAAGCCAGGACCAACAUCACAGAAAACAACGUGGAGGCUCUGAAGAGAGCAGCAGAAGUGAAACAAGUGGCUUUCUCAGCCUCUCUGCUGGCUUCAGGCAGUGGAACCACUGGACCUUUCAACGCACUGACAACUCUGGUUUUCAGACAUGUUGUUACCAAUAUUGGAAAUGCUUACAACCCACAUUCAGAAUCUGACAACAACAUUAUUCCACACUUACAGCAAACUCAAUCGCAACGGCAGCAACUAGCUAACAGCUCUGAAAACCAACAAACCUGUACAAAUGACAUCCACGCUGUGCUGAGAGAGAUGAGCGCCUUGUUGGGAGGACUGAAGGUGGAGGUGACGCACUUACAGAGAGAGAACGAAGCUCUAGCAGCUAAAGUGAGAGAACUGGAGCUGCAGAAGCCUGAGGUGGACAAACUGAAGGAACAGUACCAAGGACAGAAAGGAGAACUGAUAAACCUUAAAGCCAGGACGAACAUCACAGAAAACAACGUGGAAGCUCUGAAGAGAGCUGGAGAAGGUUUGUGA